GACACACAGAGUGAAGGAGCUUCGAUCUUCUGCAUUUUCCUUCACUUUCCUCUCCCUCUAAAAACACAGCACACGGUGAUUCAGAUCUUUCUGGGCCUUUCCAUUUUCAUCAGACGCGACGUUGCAGCAGAUGCGCCAGGAUCUCUCGGGUGGUGCGGAAAAAGGAGAUACAUGCAGCUCGUGAGUAAGAGGGAGAGGACUGGGUUUCGUGGCUGGGCAAACGCGUUUUGAAAAGGACAGAAAUAACGCAGACGACAUGGCAGGAAAAAAAGGGGUCGCAAGAAUGCUGUCUCCAAGGAACUGGGCGUCUUAAACUUGUGUGGUGUCACCGGCGGAGAGGCGCACUGAGGGGGGGUGCAUGCAUGCGUUCCUUUGCGCGGAGGAAGAACGAUUGUUUCUUGCUGAGCUUGUGUUCUCCGUCGAAAAAAACGGUCUCUCUCUUCUUCGCUUUUCUUCUUUCGCUUGUGCUUGGCACCCUUCGCAGACUCCUGUGAAAUUCGCCCACCUCUGCCCCCGUCGCUCUCCCUGCAGAUGCAAAGAAAUAGAGGAGGGCCUCGCCUUCAAGUUCAACUCUCCCUCUCCGCGAGAAGACAAAGUUGUUGCUUUCCACGGAUUUUCUGCUCUUCUCCGGUGUCCUAACAGUCUUCGGACCUCCUCUUGCGGCGAAACUUCCUCGCUUCAUUGGAGUGUGAGGCGGGAGCUGAGCGUCGCCUCCCUGCGACGGCGAGAGGCGAUAUUCUCGUCAAAGGCUAGAAGAACGCCCGAGGCUACGGGAGGCGUUGAAGUCAAGGAAACGAGGGGAGCAGUUGAAACGCGCCGCUUGGUUGUGUGAAAAAGAACGAACUUCCUGCCUUUCCUGUUUCUGUUCGAA